AUGCGUCGAGCUGGGAUCGAGCCCAACGAGCUCACUUACCCUUUCGUGCUCAAAGCAUGCGCCCACUCAUCGGCCUUUGGUCUUGGAAAACAAAUCCAUUGUGAUUGCGUCAAGAGGGGGUUCCACGACGUGGUUUUUGUUCAAAACGCCCUGAUGCUCCUUUACGGGAGCUGUGGACUUGUCUAUGAGGUUUGCAUGGUGUUCGACGAAAUGCCUCUGCGAACAAUGGUUUCUUGGAACACCAUCUUGACGGCGCACGUUGAUAACUCGUUCCAUGAGGAAGCAAUUGGGUUGCUUAGGCAAAUGAGGUCUGAUCUAUUCGAGCCGAACGAGACCACUUUCGUGGUUCUUCUUUCUGCUGCCGCUGUGCUUGGAAGCUUGAGGUUUGGGAAAUGGGUCCACGGUCAAAUUAUUAGUUGGGGGAUCGAUCUGAGCGUUCAGUUGGGGACAGCAGUUGUCAAUAUGUAUGCAAAGUGUGGGGAUUUAUAUUUCGCAACGAGAGUCUUUGAGAGGAUGCGAGCGAGGAAUGUGUGUACUUGGAAUGUGAUGAUACUUGGUUAUGCCCACUACGGAUCAGGAAAGGAGGCCCUUGAACUCUUCUCGCAGAUGAAGACAUCAUCGAUCAGGCCUAACUAUGUGACAUUUCUCACGGUUCUAAGUGCAUGUAGCCAUUCUGGUUUGAUAAAUGAAGGAUUCGAAUUCUUCGACGAGAUGGUGAACGUUCAUUCCAUCGAGCCUAGGAUGACCCAUUACUGUGCAAUGGUUGAUAUACUGGGCCGAAAGGGUCUUCUUCUUGAAGCAUAUGAGUUUAUAAACCAAAUUCCGAUAGAUCCUGAUGCAGUGGUGUGGAGAACAUUGCUUAGUGCAUGUCAGUUACACGCCGAUAAGGAUGUACAUGGGAUUGUUGAGAUGGCUAGAAGGGAAUUGCUUGAGUUGGAGCCAAAAAGAAGCGAUAAUUAUGUCAUCAUUGCCAACAUGUUUUCGGAGGUUGGAUCGUGGGAUGAAGCGGCGAGAGUGAGGAAGAUAAUGAAAGAUGAGGGGUUAAAGAAAGUUGCAGGAGAGAGCUGUGUUGAAGUUGGUAAAUCGAUAAAUAGGUUUGUCUGUGGGGGUGAUGCCAAUGAUGAUUGUGGGUUUGUUUACGAUUUGUUAGAUGGCUUGAGCUUGAAUAUGAAGACGAUUGGCUUCAAGGAUGUCAUUUCCCUUCAACAUUUAGAGCACAGAUUGUGAUUAAUUCCAGAUUUGUGAGUUUUCUCUCUCAAUUUUUUUUCUUACUCUUACAUGCGUAGGUACAUUGUAUAUUUUUACACAUGCAAUUGCAAUUUCUU